ACUGCAGUGCUCGGUCCUGAGCCUGGCGUGCGGAGCUGGGGGACCCCGCUCCGCUGUGAGCGCCGCCCUUGCCCGUCCGUCGCCCCUCUCCGGGCGCCGUUCCCGCUAGCGGACGUCAGAAACACCGGCGGUCUCUACCGCAGCGGGCUCUGUAGAAGCGGUCGCAGCCCGCCCCCGGCCUGUCAGUCGUACAUACGCCCGGUAGAUGUGGCCGCAGCACCGCCCCGGCGGCGGCGGGGCCGCGUCCGCCUCCGCUUCCCAGCGUGCUGCGCGGCGCGCGGGCGGCGGCGGGAUGGAGUCGGUGGUCUUCAUCUUCUCGCUCAUCGACUGCUGCGCCCUCAUCUUCCUCGCCGUCUACUUCAUAAUUACACUAUCAGAUCUGGAAUGUGACUACAUUAACGCUAGAUCUUGCUGCUCAAAACUCAAUAAAUGGGUGGUCCCUGAGUUGAUUGGCCAUGCUAUUGUAACGGUAUUAAUGCUUAUUUCACUGCACUGGUUCAUCUUUCUCCUUAAUUUGCCAGUAGCAACAUGGAAUAUAUAUAGGUUCAUUAUGGUGCCAAGUGGAAAUAUGGGGGUAUUUGAUCCCACAGAGAUCCAUAACCGAGGACAACUGAAAUCACACAUGAAGGAAGCCAUGAUUAAACUAGGCUUUCAUCUGCUCUGUUUCUUCAUGUACCUUUACAGUAUGAUUCUGGCUUUGAUAAAUGAUUGAGAAGUUGAAAAAGAACCAUUAGCUGCCAAAUUGGGUCAUCACUCCAGUGACUGGUUGUGGAGCCACAGACACCUUCUGAACAUACCUAGACCAGUGUCGUCAUGCAGUAUAUUUUUCCUCUUUGAACAAGAAAUAUUUUUCUGUAUUUUUAACAUAAAAUAUUUUCAAAAGACA